AUGCGCGUGGAGGCCUCCGCCUGGUGCACCCUCAAGAAGCUGGGCGCGCACCUGGGGUCCUUCCGGGGAGCGGCAGCCGCUGGGGCUCGUCUGCCGGACCCCGGAUCCCACAUGGACGCGCGGCCUGACCUGCCUGGGUGGCACCUUGCUGUUCCGGGUCCCCGGGGAAAUGUGCUCGUGGCUCCGCCACUGUCCUCCGUGAGGGUCCCGGAUGCUGACCCUUCGUCGGCUGCAUGUGCGGCCAGCCUGGGAGACCCCCGGUGUCCUUUGACGGCUUCGUCAGUUUCCAUCUGGGCUCCGACAUGCGAGUACUUGUCCCAUCGGGAAUUGGCCUUGGGCGUGGCGUGGGUUUCGGUUGUUUUAAGCCCCCCAGGCCGAGUAACUCCUCACAGCGACCCCAGCGCACGAUACACCCGACAGACAGAGUCGGAGUGCGGCAGAGGAUCUGAAGGCAAAGGCCCGGGGCGCCCCCGGCACCCACACCCCUUCGGUCGCGAGCAGGCGCCCCCAGAUCCGGGCGGGCAGGCAGUUCCCGCAGCCGGAUCCCCGGGUCCUUCCGGAGACGUCAGAAACUGCCGCCGCCUCGCGCAGGAACGAGGAGCGAAGCGGAGCUGCACGUCUGUGGUCCGGGCCGUGCGGUCUGUCUCGGGCCCGGGACGCCCCUCAAACCCGACGGCGCUCCCCGCCUCCCGGGGUCCAGGGCUGAGCGGCGCCGCCGCCGUGGGCGCGAGGGGUGUGGGCGGCGGCCGCUCGCACGCGGACAGACGCGUGGGUUCAAGUGUUUGUGUGCAAAGGUGGUCACGAGCCGCUUUUACAGCAGUGGGAAAGCGGAGGGCCGGGAGGGAACCGUCGCCCCCCAAAACCAACCUGUCCCGGGACACGGGACCUGCGGGUCCCCGGCAGGGAAGCCGCGCCGCCCCACCCGCCGGCCCCCGCCCAGGCCGGGAGGGCAGCAGAGGGCGCCCCAGGUCCACGCUGGCGCCCAGAAAGCCGGAAAUGCGGGCCAUCGCGGGGAGCAGGGCGGGUUUGCUGGGGCACAGGAGGGCGCCCCCGCGGUGGAAGGGCUGGUUCCGCUGGGCUGGGGUCCCAAAGCCUGGCGGUCCACAGCCCCCCACCACAGCCGUCAGACCCUGCGGCCCGGCCGUCCCCUCUCUCCCGCCCCCGCCGGGCCUGGAGCGUCCGGGAAAGAGCCCCCCCCAACACUGCUUCUGCGGAGUAAGAAGGCUCAGACGCCUCCUGCCCUCCCGCCCGCCCCUUGGAAAUCGCCGCCAGAUGCUCCACUUUUUCCAGAGAGCCAGAGGCCAGCAUGAGGUCUGCAGGAUGCACUUGGACGUGCAGUGGACGGAUGGACACCCUGCCUUCCAGCAACAGGUGCCGGAGGCCAGCUCUGCGUGGUGUCCUGUCAAGGACUACAGCCUGGGUUUUCCUUCCUCCAGAGGCAUCACUUCAUAAUCAUAAAGACCAUAGACAAAGUGUAUAAACAGAUAUCUUGCAGGCGACCCUACGUAUGUAAACAAGGUGAUUUCUAUGUGUGAUCUUCCCGUGACCAGCAUGUCACUUUUUUGGAAGAGGAAAAGUAAAAACGGUCGCAGGAUCUCUGCUGAGCUCCUCCGAGGAGGACGGCCCCUGUGCACUCUGAGCUCGGGCCUUCUCCUCUUUGCACUCAGACGGCCCCAGUCCUGCCUCGCAGAAGCUCCGGCUGUGCUGGAGGGCAGGGGCUGCCGGCUGGAAGGUGUUACUGCCGUGCGCCCCGUACACCCUCAUCCACACUGCUGAGCGGUCACACCCAUCAGACACACUGAUGCAAAGCUGCAGGUGCUCUGCAAACAGACACCUAACAAGGACCUCUGCAGGGAGGGCCCGGGAGGGGACCAGGCCACCAGGCCACGUGUGACAGCGACAGCACAGCCUACGUUUCCUCCCAGUUCACAGGCAAUGUGCUCAGUACAGCCUGCUGUGUAACAAAGGGCUCCCCAGCUGUGCUGCCCAGCAUGGCAGGCCCCUGCUCUCUCAGGGUCCCGGGUGCCAGGAAGCCACGCCGCCCAGCUGCCCUCCACCGCAUGGGUCGUUGUGUUCCUCAGGCACACAUGCAUGUACCUAUUUCUCCUCCAAAACCUGCAAGAACAUCAGAGCCACCGUUUGCACGUAAAACAGCUCAGACUCAGGCCCAGUGAGCAGUGCCAGCCUGUGUGUAGAUUGGCAUCUGCCAUGGUUGAGCGGGAAGUUCACAAGCUGGGUGCCACCACACCAAACCCCAAAGCAGAGAAAUGCCCACGGCACAAUCUGGAUGAAAAACAGAGAAGCAGAAUGAGAGGUGCUCUGGAAAUGCGCAUGUAGUUGCUGGCUUUGAUUUCCUGGAGGAAAAUGAAAAUUUCUUUACCAAAUAUGUAUUUGAUUAAGCUGAGAAAAAACACUUCCAUGAAAAACAGCUCAGAAAUCUGACAAAGCGAUGGAUUUGUGACAUUUAAACCAACAGGGAUGCCCUCUGUAGAAAGCAGUUAGCAUGGAGCUGGGUGGACACAGCCGGUCAGUUCCCGGGAACAUCUGGAUGAGAAACAACCAAAAGUGGUUCAAGGAAGUUCGUGUCGGACACUCCUUUUCAGACAUCUGAGACGUGGCUCAUUUUCUACUUAGGCAUAAGCAAGUAGAAGUCCC